AGGAUUAUGUAAACCUACAAGUGAUUUACAAGAUUCUGUCAAUAAUAAAGUUAAUGAAAUUUAUGGAGUUUUACCUUAUAUGGCGCCUGAAAUAUUAAGAAAAAAACCUUAUACACCAGCAAGUGAUAUUUAUAGUUUUUCAAUGAUAAUGUGGGAAUUUACAUUAGGUAUCCCUCCGUUUAAUCAUGAAGCACAUGAUUGUCACCUUAGCCUAAGUAUUUGUAAAGGGAGACGUCCUGAAAUUAUAAAAAAUACUCCAAAAUGUUAUAUAGAUUUAAUGAAAAAAUGUUGGGAUUCAGAUCCUUCUAAUAGACCAACCAUAAUAAUGCUUGAAAAUAUUUUAUCUGAAUGGAUUAGGGGUAUUAGUGAAUAUUAUAGAAUAAACAGGGAUGGAAAUUAUUUAUUUUUAGUACUUGGUAUUAAUAAUCAAUUUAAAUAUGAUAUGUUGGAAUUUGUAGAAGCAGACAAAACUUUAAUGCAAGAACAAGCAAAUACUUCUAUUAUACAAUAUCAUUUACAAGCAUAUUAUACAAGUCGCAAACUUACUGAAAUUUUAGUUCAAGAAGAGACUCAAGGUCUUGAUUGUAUAAUUGAAGAUUAAUAAUUCUAUUAUUUAUCAAUCAUCACUCAUGUUACCCCAAAUUUUUUUUAUUAUAAUAUCCAUAUUAAAAGUAGAUUAAAGUUGGCUAAAAAUGAACCACUGAAUAGAGUGUAGAAUUUUCUGUCAAUGAAUUCCUUCACUACGGAAAAUUCAGUUGUAUUUGUAAAUACCUUAUCGAAGGACAAAAAUGCAUUAUGACAUUGAUCUGCAUGUCACCACAAAAGUUUCUAUUUUAA